UAUUCGGCCUGCAUUGUUAAAUAUAAUUUUAAUUGAUUAUGGCGUCAUCCAAUCUAACCGAGAUUGAAUAUCUCAAUUAUAUUUUGGGCCCACGAUAUUUACCACUAGAUGUCACAGUUCCAUUAACAUUAGUUUAUUUAAUUAUUUUUAUUUGUGGUAUUUUUGGAAACAUAAUAACUUGUAUAGUUAUAAUUAAAAAUGCAUCUAUGCAAAACGCUACGAAUUUCUACCUUUUUAGUCUUGCUGUAUCCGAUCUUAUGUUACUUAUUUUAGGAUUACCAAAUGAAUUAAGCGUAUUUUGGCAACAAUAUCCAUGGAUAUUAGGACUUGGCCUAUGCAAAAUAAGAGCUUAUACAUCAGAAAUGUCGUCAUAUGUAUCAGUUCUUACAAUUAUGAUGUUCUCUGUAGAAAGAUAUUUAGCAGUUUGCAAACCGCUACAUUUCAAUGCAAUGAGCGGCUUAAGAAGACCCGUGUGCUUUAUUUUAGCUGCAUGGAUUAUCGCUUUAAUGUGCGCAUUACCAUUCGCCGUAUAUACAACUAUUAACUAUGUAGAAUAUCCUCCAGGUUCUGGAAAUCAUUCCAUAGAUUCUGCUAUUUGCGCUAUGUUACUAAUUCAUAUGCCUAAUUUUCCUUUAUAUGAAUUAAGCAGUAUGGUGUUUUUUUUUGUACCAAUGCUAGUUAUUGUAAUUUUAUAUAUAAAAAUGGGAGUAAAAAUACGAAACAGUUAUAAGCUAACAAAAAAAAUUAAUAUUACUUUAUUUCAUAAAGAAACGCAAUACAUGAGAUCAAGAAAAGGAGUUAUUAAAAUGUUAAGUGCAGUAGUAUUCGCAUUUUUUAUAUGUUGGGCACCAUUUCAUACUCAAAGGUUACUUUAUAUAUAUGGGCAAGAUACAGAUUAUUAUCCUGAUAUGAAUGAAUGGCUAUACAUUUUUAGUGGAUGCUUUUAUUAUUUAAGUACAGCUGUAAAUCCAAUACUUUAUAAUUUUAUGAGUAGUAGAUAUCGUAAAGCUUACAAGCAAAUAUUAAAGUUUCAUAAA